CUAUCGAUAUAUCCCAGUUGUUACCCAAGUCACAUCACUAGUUGAUGUGAGUAUUAAAAAAAAUAUACAGCUUACAGAAUUACAAAUGGCAUCGACAUCGAGACUGGACAAUAACAAGGUGUGCUGUUACGCACACCCCGAAUCUCCGCUGAUCGAGGACUACAGGGCUGGCGACAUGAUUUGCUCCGAGUGUGGUCUAGUGGUUGGCGACCGCGUAAUUGAUGUGGGUUCCGAGUGGCGAACCUUUAGCAACGAGAAAAGCGGGGUGGAUCCCAGUCGUGUGGGUGGCCCAGAGAAUCCUCUGCUCAGCGGCGGCGACUUGUCCACCAUAAUUGGUCCGGGUACGGGGUCUGCCUCCUUUGAUGCUUUUGGCGCCCCCAAGUAUCAAAACAGACGUACCAUGAGCAGCUCCGACCGCUCCCUUAUAUCAGCAUUUAAGGAAAUUUCAUCAAUGGCCGAUCGCAUUAAUUUGCCAAAAACCAUUGUCGAUCGCGCCAACAACUUGUUCAAGCAGGUCCAUGACGGAAAGAACCUCAAGGGUCGAUCCAAUGACGCCAAGGCAUCUGCUUGUCUGUAUAUUGCCUGUCGCCAAGAGGGAGUGCCCCGCACAUUUAAGGAAAUAUGCGCUGUUAGCAAGAUCAGCAAAAAAGAGAUUGGCAGAUGCUUUAAGUUAACAUUGAAGGCACUUGAAACAAGUGUAGAUUUAAUAACCACGGCGGACUUUAUGUGUCGCUUUUGCGCCAACUUGGACCUGCCGAAUAUGGUUCAACGCGCUGCCACACACAUUGCAAAGAAAGCUGUGGAGAUGGAUAUUGUCCCGGGCCGUUCGCCAAUAUCCGUGGCCGCAGCCGCUAUUUAUAUGGCUUCACAAGCAUCCGAGCAUAAGAGAAGUCAGAAGGAAAUCGGUGAUAUAGCCGGCGUAGCCGAUGUCACCAUCCGACAGUCCUACAAACUUAUGUAUCCGCACGCAGCUAAGCUCUUCCCUGAAGACUUUAAGUUUACCACUCCUAUUGAUCAAUUACCGCAAAUGUGAAUCUUUUCGUAGAUCCGAUGCUCAAUACUAACGAUAACGUUAAAAGAAGGAAAAAUCUUAAUUUAAUCACAAAAUUUACGAUUUUAUUAAAUAAAGUUAGCAUAACUAAUAUUCAAACAGAACUGUUGGACCAAUCAGAACAGAAUUCAUUCAUUGUUUAAAGUAGCUGAGUUAAACCCAUAGUUUUUAAAAUUUAUUCCAUUGUUUCAUAAUAACUCGCUUUGUUUUAUUUUUAAAUUUUAUAGCUGGCUUAUAUGUAUCUUGUGUAUAGGCGAUUAUAAAUAAGCAACUAAUCAGAAAAAAUAAUUGCAUACUACGUUUAAUGGUUAGUUUUUUGCGAAAUUAGGUAUUUAACACUUAAUAUACUGUCUGUUUAUACAUAAGCUUUAAAUAUUUUGUAGUAAUAUGAAUGGUUAAAAUAUUCGCAAAUAAGACGGAAGGGAAACCUGUAACUUUCAACAUUUUCAAUUGCAAAUAAAAAGGGCGUUUAAACGUAGUAUAAAGCAA